AUGGUCACUAGAAAGGAACUGCGUCUGUCUCCUGUGGAUGCACCAGCUGUGCCAGCUCUGAAAACACCAGUGCCCCUUCCUAAAGAGCUGAUGUUUCUUGUGCAUGAACCAUCAGCUUCCACACAAUCAAAAAAAGGUGUUUCAGCGACAGAGGGCAGUAUCUCUCGAGCGUGCAGGACACUUUCUUUUGAGGAAUCUAACAAAGAUGAACCAUGUUCCUCUGCUCCUCCUCCUUCAGUGUGUGUUCCACCACCUGUUCGACCGACAGCGCAAAGCACACCAACCCUUCCUAGAGUUCCUGCUCCACAGCUUCCUGGAUAUGAUAAUGACACGCGUCAGUGGAAGUGUUCUCAUCAACAGAGGAUCUGGAUGAAGACUGAGUUGGAAUCCAUGGGUCUGUGGCCAGGCUCUCCUCCUGUGAGCAACCCCAUGAAGACCGUGUCACUGUGGCGUUUACCUCCUCAACCUGAGCUGAUAGACACAGUCUCUGAUCUGCCGUCAGCCAAAUAUUUUCAGCUUCAUCCUUUUUUUAUUUGGAAACCUGAAAAUGACACCUUGAUGGCUAGACUUAAGAGUAACUAUGCUCUGCCAUGCAUUGCGGGGUGUAGCAAAGCACAGGUCACGUGUGCAGGAGUCGGUAGACCUCGUGUGAUCGUGGGCAUCACAGGUCAGUACUACCUCUUCUCAUCUCGGCUGUGCUGCAAAGUCUGCAAGAAAAGGUGGUAUGCAGACAACCCACAGUGGCUGGAAAAGCUCCCCAAAAGGUUUACAAAUGUACUGCCAGCAAUUAUUACUUACAAGAAGGCCAUCUGUAGAUCUGUGCAGAUCUCAAUACUGCGUCUGAAAGGGUGUUCGGAAUGCCCAAGUAUGCUGCCCUUCUAGUGUCCAGCAAGGAUUCUGGGGAGAGGUUUGGGCUAGACUAUGUGGAGCCUGGAUGUCGCCCUGUUGUGCUAGAUUGGGAAAAGCACAAGAGCAAAACUGAUCUGCCAUUAGAUCUUCCCGAGCAAAGCAGACCGUCCACUGCCAGGGCUGGAUACCUUUCAUCUGACCUUGAUCCACAUCCAGAGUCAGGAUCCAUUACCACUUUGCCUGCCCCCU